AUCAACAAUGAUGAACCACUUCUCAUCAUCAACACUCCUUUCAUCCCUGGACAGUCGCAUACUCAUCUCCGACAUGGGUAGUAUUAUAAUGGAGGAACCAUGAAAAUCAUACCAGGCAUGUUGUCGACCACCAGAACAGAACCAAUCUACAUCCCCACCGAAAUCAUCCUCCAAAUCGUCUCCAGACUCGAUCGCAGUUUGCGUGGACAAGAACGUCAACGAACGUUAUACAACAUUUGUCUAGUAUCGCACCAAUGGUACUCCGUAGCGUUAUCGUUCUUGUAUUCACGCCCGCGGCUGGAAAAAGGGAAUGCAUAUCGAAAGUUUACAGACGUCUUGUGCCCUCCGGCCGGGCUGCCGAAGACGAGCAAGGAUUAUAAGGAUCUGGGAGGGUUGGUGCGACGGUUGAAUUUGAGUCGAUUGGUGCAUCAUAGUUCGAAUAGUAUGACAGCUAGGUUGAUUGGACGGGUUAGGGAGAAUUUGGAGGUGUUUAUUGCACCAGCAGCGGGGUUUUCAGUCAACUGUCUAUCCCCAUUAUCAAAAUGCACAAACCUGCGAUACCUAGACCUCUCUUUGGUACAUGAACCGCUCUCCUUCGAAAGCAUAAUUAAAUCCAUCCGCUCCAUGAAACGCCUCAUCACUUUCCGCUCCCCAGCGUCGAUGCGAAUCACCCAUGAACCAUUCUCCAAACACACAGAAUACCCCAAAUGGCCACCAAACCUAACAACGCUCCAACUUAGCGGCACAAUCGAAACUUCAUCAAUGGAUACCUUCCACUGGCCCGAAAACAUAACCCAACUCUGCCUCAAAAACUGCCUCACCUUAUCCCUCGAAGUCAUGACCGCUAUACUAAGCAAUCCACAACUAGGCACCAAACUCAAACGACUCACAAUAUCAACUUAUAACCGCGGCCUACAACCGGAAUGUAUCCAUCUGAUUCCAGCGUUUUUACCGAAUCUAGUCUUCCUCAGUAUCCCCGGCGAUUUGGUGCAGGAUAUGUUCUUCUCAAUGAUCGCAUACCAAUGCACAGAGUUAGCCCUCGAAGUCCUUGAACUUGGGCAUACCCACACCGGCGAAAGAUUCGAUUUUGAGAUUCAGUCUCUUAUCGAUUUGUUGGAUUCGAAAUUGCCGUAUCUUAGAGCUGUGGGGUUUCAUACCAUGUACGGCGAGUAUCCAGAUCUUGACGACGCGCUAUUGGAGAGGGCUGAGGAGCGAGGAAAUGAUUUAAGGGUAUCUGAGGAGACGGAGGAGUUUGAUGUUGGGACGUAUUAUUUUGAUUGAGCGAGUUUAUACCCAUUAUUUCUUCCAAGUUGUAUAUAUUAGGAACGUAGUUAUAUCAAGUAUAUAUUAU